UAACGGCACCGUCGCUUCACUUGCGCUCUGGUCGUCGUCGUCGUCGUCGUCGUUCGCGGUAGAGAACCACACUGCUCCGUUCGGUGGAUCACCGGCAGUCCGCCGACAGCCAAGCCAUCCCAACUCCACUUCAACGCUCGAACCGUCCGGUAACGACGACGAGACACAAUCGGCGAUCUACGACAGAUCAGAUCCUGCUACUGUGAUAAUGUCCCAGAAUCCCAGGACACAUCUACAGUGUACGGUGUCGUCGAGUGCGUGAUCACGGUGGCAGUGAGAGUGAUAUUUAACGGCCAUUGAUAACCGCGCAGGUCAAGUGAAAACUAUCGAUCGAAGCACCGGCAGGCGAAUCGUGAUAACGAUCAAGGCAAGAUCGAUCGAUCGAGUGAAGUGAGGUUAGCGGUUUUUUUUUUGUUUGUUUUUGGAGAACGGACUCUUAACAGUGACGCGAUAAUGACCGAGAACUCGAGAAUCGUUAAAGAUAGUAUGGCGCCCGUGAUCGUCAAGGGUGGAGCAGCGAAUGGACAUCACCCACAGCUAAACGGUGGCCAUGCCGCGCUCGGGAAGGAUGGGUUGAAGGUGGCAGUUCCGUUGCUGGAGGCAGAUGCCCACGCGAUGCACGAACCACCGGACGGUGGAACCCGAGCAUGGCUGGUGAUGAUCGGUGCGUUCCUCUGCAACGGUGUCCUGUUCGGUGUGAUCAACACGUACAGCGUGGUGUACCUGAGUCUUCAGAAGCAGUUGCAGGAAGUUGGUGAUGAAGAAGCUUCCAGUAAAGCAGCUCUCGUGGGAUCGCUAACGAUCGGUACGACUUUUCUCCUAUCGCCAGUAUCCGGUAUCCUCACAGACAAGAUUGGCCUUCGAAGGACAACCUUCAUCGGAGGACUUCUAACAUGUAGCGGGAUGUUCCUGUCGUCGUUCUUCACGCACAGCGUUACCGCACUGUACUUCACGUACGGUAUCAUGUUCGGGCUGGGAGCCGCCCUAGCCUACACACCUUCGCUCGCCAUUCUUGGCCAUUACUUCAAACGAUACCUCGGGCUGGUGAACGGUGUUGUCACGGCAGGCUCCAGUGUCUUCACCGCCAUUAUGCCCGUCUGUCUGGACUAUCUCGUCCGGCACAUGGGACUGGCGACCUCGUUCCGCAUCCUGGCGGUCAUCUCAAGCUUCGUGAUAUUCUGUGCCCUCCUGUACAAACCGCUGCAGCCUCCACCACCACCACCAAAGGUAAAGCCGGGCCGUUCCGCCGUCAACACGUUCCUGCGCUCGUUCAUCAACUUCGACAACUGGAAGAAGAAGAAGUACAUCAUCUGGGCCGUAUCGAUCCCGAUCGCACUGUUCGGGUACUUUGUGCCGUACGUCCAUAUGGGCAAGUUUGUGAAGGAUAAUUUCCCGGACAAUGGUGAAAAUUUGCCCGUCAUGUGUAUUGGCAUAACGUCCGGAUUGGGACGACUCAUCUUCGGCUUUAUCGCUGAUAUGCCACGCGUCAACAGGGUGCUACUGCAGCAGAUGUCGUUUGUGCUGAUCGGCACACUGACGAUGUGUUUACCGGCGACUGGUUCGUUCCCGCUUUUGCUGACGAUCGCUCUGGCGAUGGGUUUGUUCGAUGGGUGCUUCAUCUCGUUGCUGGGCCCGAUUGCUUACGACAUCUGUGGACCUCGGGGUGCUACGCAGGCGAUUGGAUUCCUGCUCGGAAUGUGCUCACUGCCACUAACGCUAGGACCACCCGUUGCUGGUAUGUUGUACGAUAAGACCGGAUCUUACCAGCUGCCAUUCAUUUUGGCCGGUAUUCCACCGCUGUUCGGUGCCAGCACCAUGUUCCUUAUCCGAUGCGUCAAGGAUGAUGCUCCGAAGCAGCAGAAUGGGGUGACGACGGAACCGAAGCUGGAACCGUUGGCGCACACGGCCUGGGACUGUGAAACCCCAACCGACGGUAAACCUCUGAAUGGACAGCUGCUACAUCAAGAGCGCCGCGCAACGUUGGCCAGUACAGAAUCACUUACUGCGGAAAAGAAUGAAACGGGUUAGGCUGGGUGAGUGUUGUUGUUGUGGUUUGUUGUCGUUGUUGUGCGGAGUAGUAGAGAGAGGGAGAGAGCAUGCGUGUGUCUGUGUGUAAGAGUGUUGCGAUCAGGGCAUCUGCAGCAUCCGAUGGUCCCAUUGCGCCAUAGGAACCGAAGGACUUGUAACACACGUGCGCGCGCUCUCAAAUCUGAAGUGGAAACCCACGUACGGGAACUCGCUCUAGCAGAGUAGGGAAGCGAACGAGUUCUGCUUCCGUUUUGUUCUGUCCACUGGAAUGAUCCUGCCUGGUACGUGUUUCAUCGAGCGUAGAGAGUUAUGGUAAGCAAACACCGGUGUGUUUGCUCGAUGUGCUGGACAGUAACCAUGCCACACAGUCUCACACAGCCAAAACGAUGUGAUGCGUUUUCUAAUGGCGAGUUUUCGCCGAGCAGCAUUUCGUGAAGAAUAUACACUGUCCAGGUACAGAGUUACGCUUUUGUACAAUAUUUAUGUUUUAGUAAAUAGGAUGUUUUAUUCUUGUAACAUGAAAAAAGCGAGCAGGGUUUUGUUUUGUGUUUUAGGAGAAAUAGAGAAAAAACGGAAACAAAUAAGAUGCGUUUAGGAGAGCGGCAGGGAAGGGUAGGGAAUGGGAAAAAUAUGUGGGAGAAAUGAUAAAAUAAAAACGAAUCUUAAGCUAUUGUAA